AUGAACAAUCGGUUCACAGUAACUCUACUUUUUGUUUUUCAGCUUCUUUGUGCUGCAGCCACUGCUGAUACCAUCGGGGGAUGUAGUCCCCAAUCUGUUUCUAAAGGUCUAUACGCCGAAUAUAUCAAGACCACUCUUAAAGAAUAUGGUGUUUGGAAUAAGACUGAAGCUACUACUGGGCUUUCUGCACUUGACAAAAGCGAGGCAGAGUACUCCUGGGGGGGAAUAACCAAUCAAAAUUUCAACAUCGUUGGUCUGGCUGAUGGUACAGCUACAGAUGGUGACCUAUAUGGAAAUACGGUUAACAUAGAGUACUUUGGUUUGAGACUUUCAGGAUACUUUUAUGCCAGUACAACCGGAGACUACACUUUCGACAUAGACUAUGUUGACGAUGCUGCAUCUAUCACACUCGGAGCAGGAGUUGCAAUGGAUUGUUGUGGACUGGAGCUCACAGGAAAUGUUGAAGAAAAUGCUUACAUCUAUGCAGUAAAAAAGAGCACAACUGUAAGGAAGACCGUUACUCUUACAGCAGGAGUCUAUUAUCCGAUUAAAGUGGUCUACUACCAAGCAAAUGCCUAUGCUGAGUUUGAAAUGUCCGUACUCUAUCCUGAUGGAACAAAUCAUACAACUGACAUU